GUCUCUAACCUACAAGCUACAAAGCCCAUAAUCUAAUAUUUAUCAUCUUUUACUGUUUCUGCAAAAGACCCAGUUGGUGAUUUGGUUGUGUUGCUAUCUUAUUUCCUUUUUCACCUUUCCAGAUUUGAACCAGCAUUUGAUUCCCUCAGGAUUCCAUCAACACAUCGUUUAUGGGAAUUGUCUGUGCUGGAACUAUACCCAUUUCAAUUUUGUGUCUGAUCGAAGUAGAAUUUGAUGCUUUUGUGCUCUGUGUGCCCUUUUAUCUCGGAGGGGUCGUUGGGUAUUGUUAUUUCAUCUUUGGAGCUUCUUCACCGACCCUAGUCUCAUGGCCUUUAUUUUUAGAGUUUUCUGGACUCCAUCUUUAAUCUAUGACCUAAAUGUUGUCGCUCCAAGGUUCAUAUCAACCUUCAUUCGGGUUGGUUCGUAGAAAUUCAGGUCUAUUCGGUACUAAAUUCUGGCUUAAUUUUGAGCAGUGGAAGUGGAUGCUGAAAUUAUUAUUAUUAUUAUUAUUAUUUUGUCCUUUUAAAACAAAAGAAAAAGGGAAUCUCCUUUAUUUUUUAAUUUUGUUAUUACUAUGGUGAGCUGUUAACGAAUGCCAAUCUUUUCUCCUUUAUGCUCUGAAAGGUUCACUUUCUUGUCUGUGGGGCAAGUUUUCCCGUCUUUUUAACACUUUGUGUGGGCUUGAUGUUAGGGUUUUAGAGACCAGGGUUGAGGCUACUGUUGGUGGGUGUACAUUAUAUGCCUGUUGCUUUAGAUUUCUCUUCUUUUGCUUUGUGUGCAUUUGUGUGUGUGUGUGUGUGGACUGUGGAAUGCUGCAAAUGAGUGGGGGGCUUCCUUCGCUUUAACCCCCGCUUGGCCCAUAAAGCUGCAGAGGUAACUUGUUCCUUGUUUAGUCCUGCAAGAAAUUGCCAGUUAUAGAAUUUAGUCAAACCCACUUUGGCUUUAGUUUGAGGACUUCUUCUCAUUCAAGUUUCCUAGCCAGCCAAUUUUACUUGCAUUGCCUGGUUCGGGAACUGUGAAAUUGGAGGUUCCUUACUUCCCUUCUGGAUUAAACGAUUUCUCGAUAGAUUUGGGGAAUCAAGUUUGCGUUGUCGCUUGUUGGACAUGGGUUCCGAGGAUAACGGCGAUUUGGGCUUUCAACAGGGAUGUGGUGGUGGUGGUGGUGGUGGAAGCUUUUUCAAUUGUCUUCCUUCGGAGAUUUUCGCCAGUCAGCAGCAGUCUGAGAAUGUUGAUCGAAUGGCAAUGAACUCAGUACCCUCCAUCUCCAUGAGCAAAUCCUCAGAUGUGGUGGACUCAUUCGUGGGUUCUGGUUGGGAUCCAUUUGUUUCACAGGCACAGAAUGGGGAAUUCAAGGUUUCUUCCCAUUCCCAUCAGAUAUCUUCUUCUCCUUAUGGCGUUGGUGUGCUGGAGACUCAGGGAGUUAGUGGCAGCUCCCACCUUGUUCGUUAUCCGCCCGAUCAUCAUAGCCUCGUCGGCCUAACACACUAUGGUGGUGGGAGCUUCUCGGAGAUGGUUACUUCCUUUGUUGCCCUGCCUGAGAAUGGACAGUUCAUUAACAGAGAGGGUGGCAGUGGCAGUGGCACCGACAAAACUUCAGUGACUUCAAGGAAUGGCUCUGUUCAGGGCUCUACUUUUCCAGAAGAUCACCAUAUUGUGGAUGAGGGUGUUGGGCUUUCGUCUAGUGGGAAGAAGAGGAGGAGGGCGCCUGAAACCCAAUCCCAAUUAGAUUCCUCCCAGGGUAUCGAACCAGAGCAGAAAAAGGAUGUUUCCGAGGAGUCAUCUGAAGAUCCCAAAGAGCAGGAUCAGAAGAAUAAGAAGACUGAACAGAGCCCAGGUGCAAAUUUUCGUGGUAAGUUAACGGGUAAACAAGGAAAAUACCCUUCCCAAUCCCAAAACGGAGAAUGUCUAAAAGAAGACUACAUUCAUGUCAGAGCCAGACGUGGCCAAGCCACCAAUAGCCAUAGCCUUGCAGAGAGGGUGAGAAGAGAAAAGAUUAGCGAGAGGAUGAGGUUUCUACAAGAUCUUGUUCCAGGAUGCAAUAAGAUUACCGGUAAGGCGGUAAUGCUGGAUGAGAUUAUCAACUAUGUGCAAGCACUGCAACAACAGGUUGAGUUUCUAUCAAUGAAGCUUGCCACUGUCAAUCCAGAGCUGAACAUUGAUGUUGAUAGGCUUCUCUGCAAAGAUAUUCAAGUUGGAGGUUCAACUGUUCUUGGGUUUGACCCAAAAAUGAGCUCCCCACUGCCCCACACCCAGAUAACUCCACAGGGAGCCAUGCCGGCGAUUCAGAGUGCUAACCCCCAGUUGCAUCACAUGCUUCAGAUACCAAAUGUUUGGUACAACGAGAUGCAAAGAGUUUUCCAGUUGGGCUUUGCCUCGGAUCAAAAUCCUGACAAUCUGGAGCCGAAUGGUUGCAUGAAGGUGGAGCUAUAGAUGUCGGGUGAAAAGACUCAGCUGUUCUAACUGAAGUAGUCCUUCCAUGGGCCAUCAGCUAAUUGAGCAUUUCUUUUUCCAUUUUUUUGGUUUUCUCUUCUAAAGAUUAGCAUAACCAAGAAAACGGGUGUGUAGGAGCACUCUUCUGAAGCUGUAUAGUCCAUAGCUCCUAACCGUGUUUGUUCUUCGAAUUUUAGCAGAAGAAGAUGACUUUGAUAGGCUUAAACGCUGUGCAUAGUCAGUAAGUAUAGUUGACCGAGUGAGAGAGAUUGUUUUAGUGUUUGAUACAGAUUAGACUGUGCAUGUAAGAAGCUCUUUUGCAGUUGUUGAGGAGCUGUAAAAGAUUGUUUUUAGAGUGGAUGAAGUUGGGGAAGAUGGGACUGAAGCUGUCUGUUUGGGCCGAUGGAUUGAUUUGGGUCUCAUGAAAUACAAGAAAGUGGCAGAUAGGUUUUUUGGCUUUCUGAAUGUAGAACAUGGUAUUGAGCUGGGUCUCUGGUCUGAGCUGUAACUCAUUUGAUUUCGUGUAUCUCAAGAACACAAUGGCCGGUGGCCUGGUAUUAAUAGAUUUGAUUUGUUUUCGAUUUUUUAUUCCAA